CUUUUUCCUCAGUCAUAGGAGAUGUGAGAGGCAGGGGAUUAAUGGUGGGGAUAGAACUUGUGACAGAUAGGAAAGAGAAGACACCUGCUAAGGCUGAAACUGCAGUUUUAUUUGAGAAACUGAAAGAUCUGGGAGUAUUAGUUGGCAAAGGAGGCCUGCAUGGAAAUGUUUUCAGAAUAAAACCGCUGAUGUGUUUCACCAAAGACGAUGCCGAUUUCAUUGUAGAUGCGUUGGACUAUGCCAUCUCAGGCAUGAUUUUCGCACCGAUAGUUGCUCCAAUUGUUUGCUACUGGAUAGUGUGCAAUGGCACAGGGGAGAUGAAUUCGAUCUGUAUGUCCUAGAAUGAGGUUGAAGUUGAGGAGUUAAAAGGUUGGCAUGCACUCGGUUGAAGCAUUCUUGUGCAGACUUUCCUGGGACCUGCAUGGAUAUUGUAUUGUAAUGUAUCAGGAAGGCUGCCGUAAUUCUAUGGAAAUGCAUAUCUAGGACCGGAGAAUUUCAAGCAAAAAAUUUCAAUGAGUACAGAAAAGUGUAGAACUUUGUUGAUAUAACAAGUGUCGAUUUAUAAAUGAUGGUACUGAGGUGGACCCAAAGGGCAUGGAAUGACAUCAUUGUU